UGAAACCGGAAAUACGUCAUAGAGUUAAUGUUUGGAUUUUGUCGCUCAACGAAUUUUAUCGAAAAAACACCCAUAAAUCUGUCUAUAUGCUGUCUUUAAUUAUCUAUAAUGAAGGGAAAAUCCAAAUCUAAUAAUUCUACUUCGGCAAAUAAUAACGAUGGAGAAGAGGAAGAGUGUCCUUUGCAAUUUCCAGAUUUCAAGCCUGUCGAUCAUGCCCGAGUCUGUCCCAGGUAUACAUCAGUCCUGACUAGACAACAGUCCGAAACGAUCGGGCCUGAGGAAUUGGAUACUUUACAAUCAGAAUUAGAGACCCUGCUAUCUUCCGCCGCUAAAAGGAUGAAAUUGCUUGAAGAGGAAAAAACAACCCUUACUCUUUGGCAAGAAAAGGGUGAGAUUAAACGGGCACCAAAUAAAUCAAAAGAUUUAAAACGAAUGGCUAGUCCUGUGUCCUCCGAACGGCCAUCUAAAAAAGCAAAAGUUGAAAAGAAGAAGGCCGUAAAGUUAGAACUCGUAGAAGAACCAGACGCUGCGGCAACUAUUCCUAAGAUUCCCAGAAACGAAACUCCUUUAAAAUUCUGGCGAACAGUUGAUAUGUAUUGCAAUGAUUUUUCCGGAGAGCAUCUAAAAACACUGGAAGAUAUAAUACGAAGUUUAUCCGACCAAUUAGAUUAUUACAAAGUUCCUGCUUUAGGUAAGCAUUACUCUGAAAAAUGGGCCAUAAAAGAUUUAGAAAAUGAAAAAUCGAAAACUGACAAAGAUAAGAAAAAACGCUUAGGAGAAGAUUUUACUCCCCCCGAAGAUAGGGAACCGGAAAUUUUAAUGAAAAAUUUGCAGGCAAAUGAAGAAGAUGAUCCGUUUCAACCUCUUACAAAAUUACUCGUACAGUCUCUCCUAGACGAUCCGGAGGCAUUAUCGAUUUUAAACGAGCCAAUGUCCGAUGAUGUUGACAUAUCAGAAGCUCCUACAGUUACUACUAAGUCAUUGGCAAAACAAGUUAAUAUUAAUAUGGGUAGUGCUCUUUCAUUGGAAAGACGAAUAAAACGAGAAUUAACCAUACAAGAUCUGCUAACAAAAGAGACUGAAAAUAAGAACGGGGUAUUAGAAUCACCAUCUGCUAAUAAUGCAGAUGUUGAUGAUGAAAUUCUCAAAGAGUUGCAAGAAAAACAAACUCUUUUAAAAUCUUUAACAGAUAAAACUUUAAAACAGACAAAGAGGCUUUAUAAUUUAGCAAAAGCCCAGAUGCAGAUACAACAGCUAAGAAAUAAGAAGAAUAACUGCGAUCAGAAUGUAAUAGACUCAUAUAAUAAAAUUUUAAGUAUUCGGUCAAAGAAAAAGAGUCCCAGCAAAAAGGAGAAAGAGGGAGUUAUAAAAAGUUUAAAACAGCGUCAAGCUCUCGUAGACACUUUAAAUGAAUCAAAAAGACAUUUUAACGAUCUUAUGCGGAAAUUCGAGACCGAUACGGAAGAUGGUGCUGUUAUAACGAAUGGUGCUUCCGAUUAGUUGAGGUUUAGCGGGUUUUUGUUGUAAAGAUAGAUAUUCGUCUUCAAAAGUGCCCCUUGACGAAGAACUGGAGGUGACCUCACCUUCUUUCUCCUCACACAUCUCUUCUCUUCAUGCUGUGUAUGUCAGUCUCUUCUUAUUUCUCCCUUCAAAGUAUUUCACUUUUUUUCUCUAUAUACAUCUUUUUCCUUCUGUCGUAUGAACUUGAUCAACUUUAGAAUGGAUUUCAGAACAAAAUCGUUAUUGGGCACUUAAGAAUACUAAUAUCUAUUCAUUUAAUGAAUGCUUGGUGAUCUGUUCUUUUAUUAUAAUUCGUUUUUCGUUCUUUACAUUUUUUUGUACUGAAAAUGAGCUCAAAAUUGUACAAAUCAUUUAUAAGUAAGAAAAAUUUAUUAAUAAAUGGUUUACA